UUGUACAAUGUGUAUGCUGCCUGGACAGAAGCAUCAGUGUGUUGGCUGCGAUAGAGGAGCUAUUGUGGACAUUUUAUUGUUUCUUUGCUUUUUUUUGUUGUUGAUCACAGCGCACAUAAUAUGAAGAAUAUGACACUUCGAAGGCUUAAAAAAGUUAACUCCUGUGAUCCAGCUAGUGGACUUUCGAGCCAGGACGAUAUUUACUUUCCGUCCUCCAAGUCAGACAGUUGUAAAACUAUGGAUUUACCAACUAAUUCCUCGGAGGUGUAUAAUUACAAGACUUUGGCUUACUCUGGUGGAACGUUGCCAAGGAACUACAGAAAGAGUGGUGGGCUGCAGAAGUGGAAGCCUCUCACACAAACACCAGAGCCACAGAGGAAAGUUGUUGUCCUGGUGAAGAAGGAGGAGGAGACCUUUGGCUUUGAGAUCCAGACAUAUGGGCUGCACCACCAGGACCAGAACUCUGUGGAGAUGUGCACAUUUGUGUGCAAGGUUCAUGACGACAGCCCCGCUCAACAAGCCGGACUCAAAGUCGGGGACACCAUCACUAGCGUGAACGAGACCACUGUGGAUGGAUUUCAACACAAGGAGAUUGUUCAGCUAAUCAGGGCCUCUGGGAACUCCAUUAAGCUGGAAACAGUGUACAGCGACUCCAUUCGAAAAGCAGAACUGGAGGCAAGGCUUCAGUAUCUAAAGCAAACCCUACAUGAGAAAUGGGAUGAAUACAGAUCUUUGAUGAUGCAAGAGCAGAGGCUGGUUCAUGGCAUAGUGAUGAGUGAUGCUGCUAUCUAUGAGUCCCUGGAGUCUGCGGGGGUGUAUGGUAGUCUGGGCGCACCGAGCCCGGCCGCCCUGCGUGCCCUCCGCUGCACCGGCAGCACCAGCAGCAGCGCCAGCCACCUGAGUGUCACCACAGAGGAGGAACCACUCUACCAGACCUGUCUGUACCAGGGGCAGGGCGACCGCCUCAACGACGCCAACGGUGACCUCACCAGAACCACCAGCAGCACAGAGAAAGACCAGCAGGAACAGGAGAAGCCAUCCCAGGGUAAGCAGAGAAUGAUCCGUCCCGCCAGCGAGCUCUUCACCUCGGCCAAGACCCACCUGACCCGCAGCGCCAGUACACGCAGCUACCUGAGGGGCUCCAACAACAACUCUUCGUCAGCACCAGGGGAGAAAGUGCAAUCGGGAGGGUUCAGCUCGCUACAGAGGAAACCCAAACAGAAGAGCUUCCGCCGACGGCUCCUCAAGUUCAUCCCUGGACUGAACAGAGCCAUGGAGGAGGAGGAGAGCCAUCUCUGAGGACUAAACAGACUGAACAGAGCCAUGGAGGAGGAGGAGAGCCAUCUCUGAGGACUAAACAGACUGAACAGAGCCAUGGAGGAGGAGGAGAGCCAUCUCUGAGGACUAAACAGACUGAACAGAGCCAUGGAGGAGGAGGAGAGCCAUCUCUGAGGACUAAACAGACUGAACAGAGCCAUGGAGGAGGAGGAGAGCCAUCUCUGAGGACUAAACAGACUGAACACCGAAAGAACUGGAGACUCUUUCUGACCCAAAGACUUAACAUUGCCUCUGACUCUCUAAAAUUAACAAACAACAACCAAAGAUUUCAAAUAGUGCCAAAUCUAUCCAGUCAUACUUUUGUACUUGUUAAUGUUACAUUUGGUCCAGUAGAACUAAUGGUUCUUUGAGUUUUGAAGCACACUCAAUUUUCAGGAGAGGAUUUCACAUCUGUACAUACUGUACCUUGGUUACUGGUUUUAUAUUUCAUAAGUUAUUUAUUUAUUUGACUGGUAAGACCUAUGUACAGAAUUAUUAUUAUUAUUUUUUUGUCAUCAUGACAGUUGAAAACAAAUGCCUCAUUACAUGAGACUUUUUAUAAGAGACACAUUUGUUUACUGCCUUUUUGUACCAGAUUGAUCCUGUGUUCUUUGCCAAAAAUAUCUCAAAAUAAAUGUGGCAUUUUGAUUA